AAGAAUUUGAAAUAUAAAAAUCUUUAAGCCAUGGAAGUAAUGGAAGAAGGAAAUUUAAUGGACAGAGUUCCAAUUCUUUUACAAAGAGAUUUUCAAUACUAUCAGGAACACCAAAGUGUCCUUCAGGAACCUAUUUGCCCGGGAGUUGUUGGAGGCAAAUUGGAUUUUCCGCGUUUUGCUUCCUUUGCUGCAAUUAAAAUAGUCAUAUGGUGGGAAGAAGAAUUCUUCGCUGCAUAUCGAAAGCAUUCCGGCUUAUUGCAUAGUGAAGCUGAAAUGAAUGCUGAUGCUGAUUCCUCUCCAGUUGUAGUCAAGAAUUCAGAUCCUGAUAAAUUCGUGAAUUUGGUCACUAAAUCAGCCGACCUCUUGCUAGAGCAUUUGCAUGUCCUUACUCAAGAAUCAUUAGAUCAUGCAGAUUUGUCUGUACUGACAGCAACUAUAGGUGCUGCAGCAUUAAUUAAAAACUGCUUGAAAAUAUAUCUAUCAGCUGCAACUACGAAGCAUUGUCCUCCAAGAGGUGAUGAAAAGGGUGGAUCCCUAAAGAUAUCGUAUAAAGAAUAUUCCCAAAUGGCGGAAGCACUUGCCGAACGUCUACUAGAUCUCCAUUGUCGUAUUCUUUUACUCUACAUCGUUCAAGAUGCUGACUGCUUGCAUUGGGAGGAUGAACAGCCGUUCUUUGAAUCCGAAAGAGGCUCUUAUACUAUACAAAUGUGGUGGCACUACAUGAGGGGCACCAAGGAUGAUCUAUGGAAUUCUGUACCCCCAAAGAUGGCUCAACGCAUUUUUGCUGGAAUGCUUAACGAGACGCUAAGUGUUUUAACAGUUCGUUACUCGCAUAUAAUAACAAGCACAGCACGGUCUCAAUUGCAUUUGGUUGAUAUAUGCAACUUGCUGUUUUGCAUAUCUGAGCUUUUGCCUCAUGUAAGUGAAAGUGGAGAGGCAUAUGUUGGACUCCAAAUUACUAACCAGAGCAUUAUUAUACGAGAUAUCCAUGCAAAGUGUCGAGAGCUCUUUUAUUGUCUACUGCUUCGAGGAGCGCCUCUUGGGGUGCUUUCAAAGGUUUUUCGCAAGGGCUUGGCAAAUAUGGAAAUGUUUUCAUCGCGCAAAGGUUUACCAAGUGCUUGGAUUAUUUUUGUUCUACCUAGAUUAUUCCCAAAAGAUCACUCCAGUCAAUGGGUCACUGAAUUUUUUGAUUUGAAUGCGAACACUGCUAUUGCUUUGGAAUUGAAAGUUCUAUUGGCAUUUCCAGAGGCGGAUUGGUCUUUUCUGGUAAAAGUCAUCCUUAUGCGGGACGCUAAAUUAUCAUCAAUAAUUCUGCCCCAUUUAAUGAAAUACCUGCCAUCACCAGAGAAUUUUAAAAAUGUUACCAAAUGGUCAUUUACUCUAUCGGAAAAUCAUGAAAAGUGUUCAGCAUUUCUGUGUCGCCAAGAAUGUUUCAAUCCUGCCGAACUCAUCGUUGACGAAUUAGACCCAGUUGGACAGACAAAUAGUCAAAUCGUGCUCUCGUUGACAUACAUCUUGGUGUCCAUUGGAAAAGCAACUGACAUCAAAGCAUGCCUAAUAAGUGCCUUGGAAAAUGCUCCACCUAGUUGGUGUGAGUGUCUUGACAAGCGUCAGGUGUGGAAUCAAAAACGCCCACCAUGGUUAGAAGCUAUCAUGCAUUUGGUUUAUCCUGUCCUCGAUUGCAUUGUUGAAAUGUUGAUAGAUGCGGUUGAAACUGGAGCAAGCAUGUACCAAGCCAUGUCACUAGCCUUGACAUGUGUAUCCGAGAUGUACGAAUGUAUUCCGGAAGGACUUUAUAAGGUUGCAGUUCUGUUACAGGACAUUAUUUCUGUGUCAACGAAGCCCUUGAGUGAUUCUGUUUUAUUGCAAUUGGUAUUUGGUGCAUUGUAUACGGAACUUAUUAAAAAAGCAGAGACAUUCGAGAAGGAGAAGAAUGAUGCUAAAGCAACUAUUUGUUAUUCUCUUUCUGAGGCUAUUUGUUCACUCGAUGAAGAUGAUAAGCAUACGGAACAAAUUGAUUUGUUUUUAGUUCAAGCUAGGGAAAAUAUUUUCUACGAAGGAGAUUUGCUAUCGGAAGGUGGUCUAAGUGGUGCAAGUACGACAAAGGCUGACGAUGCAAACGAAAGAAGUGCCUAUAGUCCUCCAGUUAAUUAUCCUUUGGAACUUGAUGUCGGAGCAGCCCAUUGUAUUGCUGAGGUAUUGGCAAGUGAUAUUUUGACAUGCAACAUUGGAAAACAAUCACUUAAGGUUGUAUACAAUUAUAUAAAAAACAACAAAGAUUGGCUAUUUCAACAACUCAAUAUAACUGACACUGAACCCAAUGACUUUCAAGCUAUCCAAGGUCAAAAUAUAAAGGAAAUAAGACCUUCUAUUUUAAAAUCAAUGUUUUACAUAGGCAAUACACCUUUUGACCAGCUAUUGACCGGAUCGCUGAGAAUAGAUUAUUCAAUGUGGCUGCAAACGCCCAUUUCCUUAAACACCGAAAGGGCAUGGUUGCACAUCGAACGUCGCACUGACUUUCAACCGGAAGAAAAACUGGCACUACCGGAAGUAACCAUGGUUGCUGCAAUAACAAAACUUUUAAAAAAGAAAAAGGACGACGAACUUUGAGAGUCUCUCAUUUAGACAAAAACAAACAAACA